AUGGACGAAGGAAAUAUCGAUUUUAUCAAAAAAUUAUUGUUUGAUAAUGUUCUUGGUAGUAUAGAGUCAUCACCACAUACAGAUAAACAACGUCGAUGGCGUGCUAAGAAAAAAGAUCAACACCAUCGUACUCAAUUAUCUCUACAUCAUUUACUAGUUGAACAAAUUGUAAAUGACUUAUUUUAAUCGAGCUAGCUCAACACACAACGAUGAUGAAGUUUGAAAAAAUAAGUAUUUUUUUUUGAUAAUUAAAAUUUUGUUUUUUUUUUGUAUUAAAAACUGAAACUGCUUUAACAACAUGUGAAAUUAAAAGUAUUUUUUUGUUUUUUUUUUUUACAUUUUUUGUACAUGGUGUGCAAAGCUUAUAAUAAAACGAUAUGAAAAAAGAGUAAUAAUAACCUACAAAAGGCUUUUUUAAUGUGACCAGAAUUAGGCACGAAACACAAGAAAUAAGAAACAGACAAGAAUUUAAGAAAAAAAGAAUCAGGCAAGAACAUCAAGAAAAAUAAGAAUCAGACAAGAAUUCAAGAAAAGCAAGAAUCAGGCAAGAAAGCAAGAAUACAAGAAUCUUGUCUGGAGAAGAACUUCUUGCCUCACCAGCCAAGAUUCGGUCUACACGAAUCUUGUCAGAAAGGCAAGAUCAGUUUUUUCAGGCAAGAAUCUUGUAUAGAAAGAAUAGAAAAAGAAUCUUGUCUGAAAACCAAGAAAAACAAGAACCUGGAAAGAAUAGGGCAAGAUCAUCGAUUGGUGGUUGAUAUCACAUUUUAAUAUGAAUAGUAUUUAAUGAAAGUCAGUGUCUCCAAUGGAAAUCAAAAACAAAAUGUAUAUGUACAAUUUGCUAAUAUAGUCAAAAUGUAUGUUUACAAUUUCUUUUUUGUACCAAAAUGUACAAAGUAUACUAAAAACUACGUUUUUUUUUCAAUAUAAGAAACAAAAGACAAUGUUUUUAGUGAUGAGUAUAAAUUAAUAGUUAGUAGACAAAUGAAUGAAAAACAAGUGCACUUUCUCAGAAUCGAACAGUCCAUUUACG